UAUUAGUAGAUUCAUACUAACUAAUUCAUAGCUCAUUAUUUUAUUUUUUUUAAGAAUCCAAUCGAAUCCAAAAUAUUAUAUUUACUUUUCAAAGGCAAGCAUAUAUUACUCAUUCCCAAAUAUGCAGCAAAUGUUUAUAAACAGGUACGCGUUUAGAAUUGCAAAAAAUAGCUCAAGUGGCCCAUUUGCAAUUCGCAUUUAUGGCCACUUACUCAACAGCUGCAUAUUGGGAAAAUCCGCACAAUCAGCAGGUAAUUCUCAAUCAGAAUAAUCCCAGCCCUUGUAUUAAUCCCUCCUCCCAGGCAGCUGGUAUAGAUCAUAAAAGUCCAGGAAAGAUAUAUAUUUAAAGCAGGUAGAAUAUGUUAGGACCUAUAAAAUAUCUGGCCGCGGGCGAAAAGUCAUUAGUUUGCCAAGAACAUUGCAGCAAUCAACAUAUCCAAACCAUCAAGACAAAAGAGUUUAUCUUUAAGACUUAAAUUUUAUUUAAAAAAUAAAAUUAACUUUGAAGAUAAUACAUACUCUACAAUAAACCGACAUUAUCAUGAGCAACAUCAGCAACGACAGUGGACUGGAUGACUCCGCUAAUUGUGCCGCCAAUGCCAAUGGUCCUUUGGCAGCCACUCGGUUGUCCUGGUUCCUGGCCGAAGUGGACGAUGGCUCGAUGACAAGUGGGAAACCGAAUGGCCGGAGACGGCUCUGCGUGCUCCACUCCAUGGAGCUGCUGGAAUCCGAUGUUUCGGACAAGUACAUGAGCCGCUUCGUGGAGUUCCGGGUCAAUGGCAUGGUGGUGGAGGCCAAGCUGAUCCUGGCAGCGGACGAGAGGCGUCUGGUGGACGCCGCCCUGCUCUCCAUGAGCAGGGAGGAGCGCGAGGAUGCCAGUGCCCAGCAACUGUUGGUGCAGUACACCGAAAGCGAGGAGGCGGGAGGAGGCGAUCGACUCGUCCAGAAACUGGUCUCCCCCAAAAAAGUGAUGUGGAUGAGCACCAAGCCCGAGCUGAAGGGCAAUCCCCUGGUGAGCCUGGCUCCCGGAUGCAUUGCCCAUGUGUUGUACGCCUACGAGCAGCGGGAUUACAUGGAGAAGAUGCUGCUGCACCUGAAGGCGCGCAGCUUUGACCUCGCCUUCGACGACAACUUGGCCACCGAACCGGAGGCCAUGACCGACGACACCUGGAUGCUGGUGCAGUACAGCCCGGAGCCGGAGACGGUGGUCUACCAAGUGGUGCAGUACAGGCAGACGGUGUGGCGCAAGGAGAAUCUCUUCAAGGAUGUGAUCGCCUACAUCCAGCCCCCGGCCAGCGACGUCGUCCUGCAGGCCGUGGUCAUCAGCUAUGGCCAGGACAAAGAGGUCCAGACGGCCAAGUUCGAGGAGCUGCGCCGGUUCCCCUUCGACAUUGACUUUCCCCUGCCCGAGGAUCUGGACAAGCAUCCGGAGCACGGCACCUCCACCGCCCUCUUCGCCCGCACCAGUCUGUACCAGAAGGCCGAGCAGCGCGACUCCACCGGCGAGCACAAGGAGCUGCGCAAAAGUCUGGAGCAGAUGAGCGAAAGGGCCCAGGGCGAGGCCCAGAUGAUCAUCGAUGCCUUCGACAUGGUGGAAAACAUCAACAAGAACUUGCAAACUCAAUUGAUCGGAUAAACACUUCGAAUUCGAUUUAUAUAUAUAGCCAGUUAAGUUACUUAUAAAGUAUUAAACUUACAAAAUGUAUACUAUAGGAAAUCAGUAAAUUAUUGCUCGAAAUUAAAAACUAAAACUGUUUUUCAAAUUAAUAUUAUUGA